CAGCGGACAGCUGCAAUUCCGAUUUCAUUCCAACACGAAAAUGCCUGACGUGACACAUGAUGUACACGUUACAUCCGAACCUUUGAUUGAUUUCAAAUAUUAUCAGACAAUAUUUUGAACCAAUGAAUUUAUCAAUUAUUCCAUCGCAAAGUUUCGAUGCAGCUUCUCGAGAACUUGAAAAUUUGUUAUUAACUGGCAAUAAUAAUACUGUAGCCGGAUAGAUACACGUCAUUAAAUUCUGCUGCAUAAGCUUAUCGUAACACAAAUCGAGGUUUUAAAGAAACUAUGGAGACCUUAUAUCAUCAGACGAAUAAGCUAGUGCAGGAAACCCAACAUUCCUUUUCUCAAUUGGAAAAGAAACAUUCAGACUUGGACCUUCAAGCAAUAGAGCAUGACAUACAGUCGAAGAUAAAUCUCAUCAACAGCAACUGUGAGCGACUCGACAUUUUGUGUAUGAAGGGUCCUGUAUCACAAAGACAAAAUGCCAAGAUGAGAGUGGACCAGUUGAAAUAUGAUUCACGCCACCUCGCUGCCGCUUUAAAUUCAUGGCGAAGUCAACUUAUUCGCCGCCAAAGGGAAGAAACUGAACGUGAAGCUCUUUUGUCUAAAAAAUUCACCCCCAACGACCAAGUAGAUAUCAUGAUAGAUCACAAUCUUCAGCAUAAUUCUAGUUUGCGAAACGCGACGCAUGGUAUGGAUGACCUAAUUCAGCAUGGCUCUGGGAUAUUGGAAGGUUUAAGAUCGCAAAGAUCUACAUUGAAAGGUGCUCAUAAAAGACUUGUCGAUAUUGGAAACACCUUAGGGCUUUCUAACACAACGAUGAGGCUUAUUGAACAAAGAGCUCGGCAAGAUGGAUUAAUAUUGAUAGCUGGGAUGGUUUUUACAUGUCUAAUUAUAGUAUUAGUUAUAAUAUAUCUUACGUAGCUGUAUUUGUACAUUUUUGAAUGUAUAUAUUACAAUUUCAGUUCAAUUCGAACUGAAAAUAUCACAAAUACUAAAUUUUCCCAGAUGCUAGACAGACUGUUCAGAAGUACCUUCUAUAAAAUAAGCUAUAACCUACCGAGGCGAAUAUAUCAUUAUUGUAACAAAAGGUUUCAUACUGGAUUUUGUACGGUACAUUAGAAAAGAAUUGAUAAUUUUUCAUCAUCAA